AUGCCUUCAAUCAAAGAUUCCACGAUUCUUGUCAUUGGCGGCUCCUCCGGAAUUGGCUAUGGAGUUGCAGAAAAGGCCCUCUCUGAGCAUGCCAAGGUGCACAUCGCGUCUUCCAAUGCUUCCCGAGUCCAAGAAAGUAUCAAAACCUUGCAAGCCAAGUUCCCGGAAGCGCAAAUUUCUGGACAUGUCUGCGACCUUGCCGAUUCAGACGUUGAAAAAAACCUCGAGCUACUACUGAGCACUAUUGGACCGCUUGACCAUAUUGUAUUUACCGCCGGCGACCGUCUGCCUGUUCGACCUUUGGAUACCAUCGAUCUGGAGGCGAUUCACCGGGCAGGCCACAUUCGAUUCGCCGUCCCUCUUCUGCUUGCCAAGCUAGCUCCUCGUUUCCUCAAUCCGGGCUAUGGAUCAUCAAUUACUCUGACCACGGGCGCGGGCUCUCAAAAGCCAUACCCGAACUGGUCAUUGAUUGCUGGGUAUCUGAUGGGCCUGCAUGGGAUGGUGCGUAACCUCGCACUAGACCUGAAACCAACCAGGGUGAACCUUGUUAGCCCUGGUGCGGUUGAUACCCCUCUCUGGGGAUCUGCUGGAGUGUCUGAGGAAAUGAAGAACGCCACUGCUUUGCACAAAGUGGGCACAAUUGAGGAAGUCGCGGAGGCCUAUGUUUAUCUCAUGAAAGACACGAAUGCUACAGGUAGUUGUGUCAGCACCAAUGCUGGAUCUCUUCUGCUUUAA